AUGUGUGGAUGGAUGAGCGACGGCGGCGACGGACCAGGAACAGGAACACCAGGCGAACGAGACGGUGUCAUGGGUGGGUCCUGUCUGUCUGUCUGUAUGCCCUCUGCAUGUCUGGCUCUGGGGCCAAGCGGACAUCAGGUGGGUGGUGCAGUUGUGCUGGUGGGCUUCUGGGUGCCACGGUGCUUUGGCCCUACCGCACCGGAUGAUGAGUUGUGUCGUUUUGUGGGUGGCAUGCUGUGUGUGGGUGGGCUGGGACGAGAGGAUGGCGCAGCCAGCAGGUCAAUUCUAAUUCUGGAUGAGCAAAAUGCAGGUACGGUACAAGAUGGAUGUUCGUAUGGACACACCGUUCAGACAAGCCACGAGCUCCCCUUCUCCGUUCUGUGUUCUGUGUUCUUCACUCCGUCUCCUGCCCAGAAAGCGACGAAACGGACGAAACGGACGAGACGAGACGAGACGGGCCAUCAAGCAUCACCCGGAUGUACCGACCGCACUCUGAAGGGAACUUGA